AUGCGGAUGGCCGAUCCUCAGUAUGUCAUGAAACUCGAAAGCCGACUGAUGUCAAUGGAGAAAAAGCUGCAGGAACAUAACUCGGCUGGUCGUUGCGCAAAUGGAGAAUCAACUACAGCUGAAGCUGAGACUGGAGGACCAGCAUUCUGCAACAGUCUCCAGGGAGGCCCUGUCGGUGACAUGCAGCAAGCAUCGGCCACUGGUAAUACAACACCUGGGACCGAUAAAGAAGACUCUGUCAACAAGACUCCAGACCAGCACAAGAGUCUAGGUUCAUCAACAGGUGAAUAUACACUGCCAAGUGGCUUCAAUGAACUUGAUCAGAUGCUGUAUAACUGUGACGAAACCCUUGUGCUAGAGGAGCCACCUAGUCCCCAGAGCAAUUUCGAAGACGUUUCAAGCUUGCCACGGACCUUGAUCGACGUCUUGGUUGGCCAGUUUUAUCACAAAACCUACUCAAUAUUUCCCAUCAUUAGAGAACCUGAAUUUCGACACCAGUUAGAUCAGUGGGCUGCCACGGGGCAAGACGGAAGCGGCUUCAUGCCUGUUCUAUAUGCUCUUCUGGCCGUCUCUGCUUCCAUUUUGCCCGACGACCACGCCGUCUUCGAAUUGCCCGAGGUGAGAGGAUAUAAAUCGCUCGACCUUGGGGAUUUGAUCUCAUCGCAUGCGAAUUCACAACUGUCUCUCAAGUCAUGCAAAGCUGACAAACUCGCUCGCAUCAACUCAGUCAUUGCACAUGGGCUUUUAAGUCUGUACUUGGCGGAGGCUGGCCAGGUGACUGAAGCAUGGGUCACGACAGGUCAUGCUAUACGACUGUACCAAGGAUUAGAUUUGUAUGAUGGUGCUUCGUCGAGCAAUGAGUCUGUCGAUUCACCAGGCGGGCACAGCGCCAUAUGGUGGUGCCUGUACAUACUCGACCGAUCUCUUUCGACGGUCCUGCUCAAGCCGCUCGCUAUCGAUGAUGUGGAGUGCGACGUGAGUUCUACCGAUGACGGAGAAAGCCACAUAUCAGUCUCGGAGGAUGAGGUUGACCCAUGGUUCUCCGUCAUAACAGGAUUUCACAUCACUAUGGGCAAGAUUUACAAGUCUGUACGCUCAUUUCGAAAGCUCCAACACACUGACAAGAGCGACUCCAACGAAAUAUUGGUUUCUCGUCUCAAGAACCACGACAUGGAGCUGGAACAGUAUUAUGAGAAGCAGGUUCUUCCAAACAUGAGGAAUAACCCAGAUGAUCCGCAGCGAAUGGGCCUGCAGACUAUUGCCGUGUCUUCGUAUUUCAUCGGCGUGGUACUUCUCUAUCGUCAAUUCAUUGAAAUGUUCCGUAUUGAAGACCCCCAAAUCUACCUUCGCUGUGCGGAGGCUGCAUCCAAUUGCAUUCGGCUUACACCAAAGGUCUUAGAUACCGUUCCCGCAAGCCAUUUUAUGAUUCAGCAAAGCCGGUCAAUAUAUGUGGGCUCCAAGGUCUUGUUGCACUGCAUGCGUCUAGUACGGAAUGAAAGUUUUAGUAAUAAGGCUUGGGAUGAUGUUCACAUGGGAUUAGAAAUGUUGCGAAAGAUCAAAAUCCAGUGGCCGGAGAUCAAAAAGUAUCAGAAGCUCACGGAAGACGAUAUGCGACUUACCAAAUCCGAGUUGGAUAGACAUGAGACCUUUGGCAAGACAUUUGACGGAUUCACACCUCUAUCUGGGGAUGAGAUCUACUAUCGGCUCUCCAGCUCAAACCGGUCCUUGAGCAACGGGGGUCUUGGCUCAGCUACCGGACAUUGCCGUGACACAGACGAUACUCGCGAUAUCCAUCGUAAAUCUAAGCGGCAGAAACCAUCAGCUCCUUGUAAUUCACUCAGCCCUGAUUUGUCAGGCUUAUUUCAAGCUGGUGGAAGCGAGAUGGGAGAUGACGAUUUUACAAUGUCAUUCAUGCUAGACCUAGCAGCAUUUACACCAACAACUGCAUUGGCAUCUACCAACUUAUACGAAGAUGGGGUCAGCUGA